AUGGAGAAUAUUUGUGGGAAAGUCACUUUGGAGCAAAUGGAUUCAAACCAACCUACUAAAGAAGAAGAAUUUUGGAAAGUUAGUGGGAAAACACAAGUUGGAUCCUGGAUGAGGAGGAAAAUGUUGAAAUUGACGGAUGUUGCAAAAACUUUUCACAUGAAGGCGGUACGUAAUGGAUGUUACACAUAUUUUUGGUAUGAUAGGUGGUCAGUCUUGGGUGUGUUGUCUGAUAUCUUGGAGGAUAGAGGCACAAUUAAUAUGAGCAUUAGGAGAGCAACCACAAUGGAGGAUGCUAUUCAGUCCCAACGGAGAAAAAGAAGUUAUAGAGUAACUGUUCUAAAUGAUAUUGCAAAGGAGUUGGAGUCUAUUAAAGCAAAGCAGAUGAAUGAUUUGGAAGAUGUCGAUAUGUGGAGGUGGAGCUCGGGUUUUAAACCCAAUUUCUCGACCCGUGAGACUUGGUUGUUGUCGAGGGAGUCUGCGGCACAAUGCUCUUGGGCGAGAAGUGUUUGGUUUCCCCAGGCUACCCAAAUUUUGGUCUCCAACUUGAAAAAUGGCGAAGAAGAAGCUCUUCUGCCUCAGAUAUGCGAUCCAAGCAGCCUUGUACAUGUAGUGGAGAGAGCGUACCAAGCGUCGGUAUGGAGAACAGGGGCUGCCUCUACAAGUCUUGAAGAAUCUUUUGGAUUAAGCCAUCCGCAACAAGCUCAGUCUUGUGCAGUCUAA